AUGUCCAUUCAUCCAGAACUUGCAGAGUUUCCGACGCAGGACGUUGCUGCGCCGAUUAUCGGUUAUGCCAAAUCGCAGCCCCGGGGUGCCUUGAAUGACUGGCACGCCCACGAUGCGGCGCAACUCUUUCACGUGGUGAAAGGGUCCAUUGCAAUUGACACCGAACACGGGACCUUCUUCGCGCCACCGGAACGCGCGGUCUGGCUACCUCCACGCGUAGCCCAUCAAACGCGCUACCUGACCGACACGGAUCUCAGAUAUGUUUACGUCCAGAUCGAGCACACUCUCGAUCUUCCGCAAACUCCGCAGGUGAUUCAGGUUACGACCCUGCUGCGCGCGCUCAUUCUGGAAUUCAUGUCCUUUCCGCGGGCCGAUACCGAAUCCGGGCCCGCCGCCCGGAUCGCCGCGGUCAUUCUCGAUCAACUCAAGAUGCUACCGGCCGCGCCCCUGCAGUUGCCGAUGCCGCAGGAGGCGAAGUUGAGAGGCUUGUGCGAAGGGGUGGUCCGGUGUCCGGCACAUAUUCCUACACUGAACGAAGCGGCGGCAAGGUGUGCGACUUCCGUGCGCUCUUUUGAACGGCGGAUAAAGGCGGAAACCGGUCUGAGCUACAGGACCUGGUGCCGGCAGGUGAAACUGUUCCGGGCGCUUGAGCUUCUCGCGUCGGGGCGCACGGUCUCCGAUGUUUCGCACAAGCUGGGUUAUGAGGGACCAAGCGCUUUCGUGGCGACCUUCAAGAAGGCAUUCGGUGUGACGCCGGGGCGGUAUUUCGGGACCGGCGAGCACGAUUGA